GGCCCCGCACGCCGACGAGGCCAGUCCGCUCGGAGGAGCGGCGCUUUUUCCACCUCUGGUGCCCUCGGAGCCACCCCAGGUUACCUCAGACUUCCCCCGGGUCGGGAGCCUGCGGGGCCCGCUCGGCCCUUCUCCGCCUCCCUUCAGCCUGCGCCGCCAGCGGCCUCCGGGACCUCGCCAGGCGUGGCGGGCCGGGCCGACAUCCCCGCUGUAGGACCGUGUUCCUUAGCCCCGAUGCCUCUGCGAGCAGAGUUGAGUGGGAGCCGGUGGUUGGAGCUGUGGAGGUGUCCCUCGGUGGCGAAUGCGGCCACGACACCGGUCACUGUUUAGUACGUGCGCACGUUGCAAGGACCCGCUGUGAGUCCGGCAUAAUUUGGCCUCCUGAGAUUCUGCCUCAGCAAGAAAGAAGUAGGAAAUACUCUUGGAAAGAAACCUGAAGCAAGAAGAAAGCCAGAACUUAUUUUUACAUGGUUGUCAGCUCACUUACCGAUAUGGACACUUUUGCCAACAUUUUUCCUCCAGGUGGAGACAGUGGCCUCACAAGUUCUCAGUCUGAGUUUCAGAAAAUGUUAAUUGAUGAGAGGUUACGAUGUGAACAUCAUAAAACCAAUUAUCAGACUCUGAAAGCUGAACACACAAGAUUGCAGGAUGAGUACAUAAAGUCACAAAAUGAACUCAAGCGCCUGUUAAAUGAAAAGCAAACUCACCAGGAAAAAUUUCAGCUGCUGCUUGAAGAUCUAAAAGGGGAAUUAUUAGAGAAAACUAAAUUGUUAGAAGAAAUAAAGCUGCAGGUAUUAACUCCACAAAAGUUAGAAUUGUUAAGAGCCCAGAUACAACAAGAACUAGAAACUCCCAUGAAAGAGCGUUUUCGAAAUCUGGAUGAAGAAGUGGAAAAAUAUAGAGCUGAAUAUAAUAAGCUUCGCUAUGAACAUACAUUUCUUAAAUCGGAAUUUGAACACCAGAAAGAAGAGUUUGCACGGAUUUUAGAAGAAGAAAAAAUAAAAUAUGAAUCAGAGGUUGCAAGACUGGAGAAAGAUAAAGAAGAACUACAUAAUCAGAUGCUUAGUGUUGAUCCCACAAGAGACAGCAAACGAGUGGAGCAACUUAUGCGAGAAAAAGUCCAUUUGUGUCAGAAAUUAAAAGGUUUAGAGGCCGAAGUAGCAGAAUUAAGAGCUGAAAAAGAGAAUUCUGGUGCUCAGGUAGAAAAUGUCCAAAGAAUACAGGUGCGGCAGUUGGCUGAGAUGCAGGCUACGAUGAGAUCCCUGGAGGCUGAAAAACAGUCAGUUAAACUACAGGCCGAACACUUGGAAAAAGAACUACAGUCAAACAGUGAACAAAAUACUGUUUUAAUCAGUAAAUUGCAUAAAGCUGAACGAGAAAUAAAUACAUUGACCAGUAAAGUAAAAGAACUUAAACAUUCAAACAAACUAGAAAUAACAGACAUCAAAUUGGAGGCAGCAAGAGCUAAGAGCGAACUAGAAAGAGAAAGGAAUAAGAUUCAAAGUGAACUGGAUGGUAAUAUAUGA